UUGUGUAGUUUAUCAUCAGAGACAUGUGUUGGAUUUCAUGUUCGAAUAAAGGUUUGGAAAAGACAACUGAAGUGCACCGUUCCAAAUUUGACUUCAAAUUCUUCAAACGUUUCUUGCGUCUGUUUGGAUGGAUGUUCCCAAGUCUGUGUAGUGAACAGUCUCUCCUCUUCUUGUUCCUGUUGUGUCUUGGACUCCUAGAACAAGUGAUAGUGUUUAACAUAGGUUAUGUGCCUUCAAAGUACUACAAGGUGUUUGGUGACAAAGACUACAAGGGAUUUGUACAUGAAACACUCCAAGCCUUGAUGUUGAUAGUCUCAGAAUCAUUGGUAAAGAGUACUAUUACGUUUACGGAAUCCAUCUUAUAUAUCCAGUGGCGAGGCGUGUUGACCAAGAAAAUACACCAGAAAUACUUCAAAGAUUAUCUGUAUUAUAAAAUCAAUGUUCUCAGUUCUACAGACAAUCCUGACCAACGUAUUACUAAGGAUGUGGAACAACUUUGUUAUUACUUCACCCAAAUAUUGUCACCUUUGAUUAUCUCCCCUUUCACAAUAGCAUAUUACAUUUAUCAAUGUAUCAAAAAAACAGGAUACCUUGGUCCAGUGGGUGUUCUAGGGUUUUUCCUGGUGGGAACUGUAGCCAACAAAAUAUUGAUGUCGCCAGUUGUCAGCUUUGUAUUUAAAAGGGAGAAGAUGGAGGGCAAUUUUAGGUUUAAACAUAUGCAGAUGAGGGUGAAUGCAGAGUCGGCAGCAUUUUAUAAAGCUGGUGCUGUAGAACAAAACAAGGCUGAUGCUCACCUUGACGAUCUUCUUAGCAUCCAAAGGAAACUAGUUAUUAGAAAAUUCUUUCUUAACUUGUCCGUAAACCUGAGUGAUUACCUGGGAAGCAUCCUGAGUUAUCUGUUGCUAGCCCUGCCCAUCUUCAGUGGUUCUUAUGACAGUUUGUCUGCUGCUGAUCUCUCUUCCUUAAUUAGUCAGAAUGCAUUUGUGAUCAUAUAUCUGAUCAGUUGCUUCACUAAGCUGAUAGACUUGUCAGUACAGGUCUCAGAAAUGGCAGGAAAUGCCCACAGAGUAGGAGAGUUGGUGGAAGCCUUGGAUAGACAGAGAGCUGAGGAUGACACUGUUUACAACUUUCUGGUUUCCAGUCAUGAUGAGGAGGGAGCUAUUCCUUUAUCAGACAUACCUGUUGUACCCGACAGACAAAGUGAAGACACAGUGUCAUACAGAAGUAUACAGAUGAGUGAUAAAGCUUUAACGAUAAAGGACCUGACAUACGGACCUCCACAAAGUCAAGUGAUUCUCUGUAGAAAUUUGUCCUUUCAACUGGAGUCUGGUGUGAACGUCUUGAUUAAAGGUGACAGUGGUUGCGGCAAGAGUUCCCUGCUGAGAGUUAUAGCAGGGCUGUGGCCUACUGUUACAGGAUCUGUUACAAAACACAUUCCAAUGGAACACAAAAAGAUAUUGUUUCUCCCGCAGAAGCCUUACUUCACAAAUGGAUCACUGAGAGAACAGGUGAUGUUCCCGAUGCAGGAUAUAACUUCAGGGUCAGUGUCGGCGGAGAAUGAGAAGAUCUUCACUUAUCUAGAAUAUGUUGGAUUAAAGGACAUAUUGGACAGGGUGAUUGACCUUGACGAGAACAUGGAUUGGAACUGGUAUGAUGAGUUGUCACCAGGAGAAAUGCAGAGACUGUCCUUUGUUCGUCUGUUUUAUCAUCAACCAAAAUUUGCAGUGCUGGAUGAGGCAACCAGUCAGAUUGGUAUGGCAGCAGAGGAAAAGAUUUAUGAAAAGUGCAGCCAGCUUGGUAUCACUGUGCUCAGUGUUGGCCACCGCCAGAGUCUUAACCAAUUCCAUACCAUAGAGAUCAUCUUGAAUGGUCAAGGAGAUUGGAAGAUGCAGCCAAUUAAAGACAGUCUUAUAUCAGCAAGCACCUGCUGACAAGUCUAAAUAAGUAUCAUUUUCAUGGAUGCAAAAUAUUUGGUUGAUUAGUAUGCAUAUGUCUCGUUGUUGCCAUUUGUGCUGUUUAAAACAAGAGAGAAAUGUCAUGUUAUGAAUUGUAUGAUUUUAGAUUUUUUGACAUAUCACCCAUUUGUGAUCAGAGAUUCUCAGGUGAACAUUUUUUAUUGACACACAUUAUUGAUAACUUGAUACUUAUAUAGAAUGACAAAUGCACCAUCUUAUCAAUUUGAAAUUUAUGUUGCUAGGCAUAGCAGCCAUCUCGAAAAAUUGUUUUGGAUGUAAAUCUUAAGUCUGCCAAAAUUUGUCUGAAGUCUGUAUAUUCCAGCCCGCUAUCUGAUGUUUGAUGUCCAUCCAUUGACAGUCCUGGACAGAUAUUUCUAGAAUUCAUAUGUAACUUCCCCUCUUUCCAUAGUUGUGCCCAUCCAAUUUAGAGUCCUAUCAGUGAAACAAAAUUGCUGUAAAUUAAAUGGCCAUCUUGGAUUUCGACAGUUGAAAACUGUUACCACUAUUUCUUUAAAAGUAAUGGAGGGAUAUUUUUGUGCUUCCUAUGGUCCCUAGUUAUUUCUACUUAACUUAGAGUCUGAUUGGGACAAAUAAAUUGAUAAACCCCCAACUCAGAUUCUGAUGGUUUAAAAAUUUCAGGUCGCCUGAGCCAUCAUGAUUUGUCUGUCGCCGUGCGUCGUUAACUUUUCACAUAUUCGACUUCUUCUCAAGAACCACUGAAUGGAUUUUGAACAAACUUGGCACAAAGCAUCUCCACGGGAAGCCGCUUCAAGUUUGGGAAGAAAAAAGGUGUGGCACCAAUUGGGGCCCCAGGAGGGGGGAAAAGGGGUUAAAAUUAAGUAAAUCUUUAAAAAUCUUCUUCUCAUGAACCAACAGUCAGAUUAAGUUCCUAUUUGAUAUUUAGGGUCCUUAUGGCAAGGUCUACAAAGUGGGCGAAUGAAAAAAAUCGGGUCAAAAACGGCCCCACUAGGGGGCACUCAAACGGGUCAAAAAUUCAACUUUGACCGAUUUCAACCAAAUUUGUUAGAAAGCAUCCUUUAGUGAAGAACAUAUGAAAUUAUGUUGAAAAAAGUGAUAAUGUCCCCUUUGGCGCCCAUUAGGGGUGUAAAAGGGGCCAUAUGUAAAAACCUUCAUUAAAUGACUACUUCUCAAGAACCAGUGGAUGGAUAUUGACCAAACUUGGCACAAAGCAUUCCCAUGGGAAGCCGCUUCAAGUUUGCGAAGAAAAAGGGUGUGGCCCCAAUAGGGGCCCCAGGAGGGGGGAAAAGGGGAAACUUGAUACGAAUGUUCUACACAAGGUCCUGGCAAGUGUUUAAACUUUUUUGGGGUGAUUCAAAAUCCAAGAUGGCCACCCUGGCCUCUUUUUGGAUAAGACAUUAUGGACUUCCUCUCAAGAACCAUUGGGUGGGUCAUGUUCAAAUUUGGUACAGAUGUUUUACACAUGGUCCUGCACAAGUGUUUUUACAUUUUUGCAACAUUUUAAAAUCCCCAGAUUAUUGACAUAUAUUCCUCAGGUGACUGUUAAGGCCCCUUGGGCCUCUUGUCAUUACUAUCUUCAUUGGAAGUAGUGGAAAGAUUUUUCUCAUUGCAUGAUGUGUAGGUUUUCCUUUGUUCCAAGUUGUGCCCAUAUAAUUUUCAAAGUUCAAGAAAACAAAAUGGCUGAUAGGUGACCAUCUUGGACCUUUUUUUCUACUAUUACUCAGAGGGUUUGUUAGAUCUAUUGUAAAUUUCAUAUGUAGGAUUCCUUUGAAAUGGAGAAAUAGAGAAAAGAAAAGUCUUAUAUUGAACAAAUAGAGAUCAUUCAAUGAUUAGCUCCAAUACCAUUCUAGGAUCUUUUGCUUGAAAUGGAAAAGGUAUAAUCAUUUUUUUUAGGGCACAUGGAUCAAAUAUGUUAAAAUCUUUAACUGAUUUCUCCAUAACCAAAGAGCCAAGAAUGAUGAUAAUAGGCCUGUAGCAUGCUAGGAUGAAGGGCUACCAAAUUUGUUAAUAUGAAUGACAAAUGUGUUCAAAUAUUUUAAAUGACUUCUUCUCAAUUACUAAGAGGACAAGGGUAUUGAUAUUGGACCAACUUUCAAGGUCACUGCAAAUUUGUUGAACUAUUAAGCAACUUUUUCUCAGUAACCGAAAGCUUAAGGGUCUUGAUAUUUGGCCUGUAGCUUGCUUUUUCAACAAGAAAUAUGUCCAGAGUAAUGACAUUUGUGUAGUGCAUGUAUAAAGAAUAUUAUUUCAAGUUUGCAGAAAAUGUCUUGAUGAACCAACAGUGUGUUCUAUGUAAGCUGUAGAGUAGUUAAGAAAUUAAUUUAGGCCUAUUUUACCUCAUUCAUAUACAUAUUUUUAUAAUCAAAUGACCACUAUUCUACAACGAUAUUCUGCUACGGUGCUUCAACACUGGAGUACACACCCCACCCGUUAUCAGUCGUGCAUCACUACCUGUCACUCACGAGAUUUUUACCUCGGUCCAGCAUUGACUGACUUUUGACCUGAUGUACUUUAAACUAAGAUACUGCUCUCUACGAUACACACCAUUCCAAAGUUACCAUUAAACCUAUUUUUUACUCAUUUUGUUACAUCUUUCAGGGUUACAGGUAUCAAAUGUGUUCAAAAUGUUUAAAUGACUUCUAUACUUUUCAGGGCGACAAGAUGUCUCCUCUGUUUUUCACAUAUUUAUCUUCAUUUUAUCAUGAUUUUCAAGUGGCAGUUUAGACAACCAUUGUUUGAUUUCCAAUUACUUUACCACAUGGUACUCUAGCUGAAGGUAAAUAAAGUGAAUUACAUUUGUA